UGUCAUUUUGUGGUUGAAGAUUUGGUGGUUAUGUUUUCGUUACAAAGUUAAUAUUGGUGUAAAUAAACUAUUGGAUGACUAUAUAAUAUCGCAUAAGAAUUGAAAUAAUAAAACUAAGCUUAUUACCCACACUUCUUCAAAUUACGCACUAUCCUAAUCAGAAUCUUUGUUUUUUAUUCCCUUUUCAAUUAUGGUGGAUUACAACUUUUAAAAAUAAUAAAUAAAAUCGCACAGACUAUCGUUCGUCCUUCAUAUAGUUAAAACAACUAUUAGAAUCUUCUAUAUUCUUUCAAAAUGGCUAGAAAUGCAGAAAAGGCUAUGACGACGUUGGCGCGAUGGCGUGCGGCGCAAGUGCAAGAGGCGGGUGGGCAGCGCGAGCGUCGACCGUACCUUGCUUCCGAAUGUAAUGACCUGCCGCAAGCUGAGAAGUGGCGGCUGCAGAUCGUCAGGGAGAUUGCUAAGAAAGUCGCACAAAUACAAAAUGCCGGUUUAGGUGAAUUUAGGAUACGCGAUUUGAACGAUGAGAUAAACAAAUUGAUGCGCGAGAAGCGUCACUGGGAGGUGCAGAUCAAGUCGCUGGGUGGGCCGGAUCAUGCGCGCGUCGGACCACGCAUGCUCGACCAAGACGGGAAAGAGGUACCAGGCAACAGAGGGUAUAAGUAUUUCGGAGCCGCUAAAGACCUACCAGGCGUGCGUGAGCUAUUCGAGCAGGAGCCGCCACCACCGGCACGACGCACGCGUGCAGACCUCAUGCGCGAUGUUGACGCAGACUACUAUGGCUACCGCGACGACGACGACGGUCUCCUGCUGCCGCUGGAGAAGAACGCCGAAAAGCAUGCGAUUGCACGGGCAGUGGAAGAAUGGAAACGGAAUAAAGAACAGAACAAAGAUCAAGAUUUACCUGAAGAGGAAAAUAUUUAUCCAGAAGAUCCUGAUGACAAGAGGAUAGAAGAUGACGAGGAGAUGCCAGAGAAACCCCCCGCCCCCACGCUGGUCGCGGUGCCCUCGCAGAAGGACAUAGAGGAAGCGCUGCUCAGGCGGAAGAAGCAGGAACUUCUAGAACGAUACGGCUGUCUAGAUGUUAAAUUAGAAAAUAGCUGAUAUAUGUUUAAAUGUAAUAAAUAGUACAUUU